AAUUGAACAUUAUCUCCCUUGACCUUUGUGAACAACUUUCAUUUUCAAGACACAAACAAUAUUAAUCACUAUGGAAUAUUUUCCAAAAAAUUCUAAUCAAAGUGAUGUAAUGGUUUAGUAUUGACCUGUAUGGGCCUACCAGCAUACAAGUUUACCACUUUCUGAAGAUUUGUGAAAGAUGUCAAGUAUUCGUGUAACAGGACUUGGGACGACUACUCUGGAAGGUGAUCUGAAGGUGUACUUCAGUAAACCAGAACAUGGCGGGGGUCCCAUCGACAGAAUCUACCUCCCACUGAUGAACAAUGAUGCAGUUAUUGUCUUUCAGGAAAGCCAUGUUGCAGCACAGGUUAUGUCCCUUGAGGAGCAUAGAGUAGGAGGCAGAGAUGUGGAUGUGUACAUUCUUCCUCCAACAGUUUUCUCAACCGUCCAGGCUAGAGUGGACCCUACUGUAUCACUCCUGAUUGAGUCUGUCACUCAUUGCAAGGACAAGCUGCAGUACAUCAUUGGGCUGAAUGUAACCUUUGAUUCCUCGGGGUGCUGUGUCCUGGAAGGAAACAUGUUUCAGAUUGAGAUGGCCUGGGAGGUCAUAGGUCGAUUACUACAAGAACAAGAAAGAAUUCAUUCACGCGCAUCUAAUAAAUCACUGACGAGUCUUCCCCAGACCAAACAAAGAAGUCAUACUGAAAAAUCAGGGUCGUCUAAAUGUUUACCCAUAGCUAGUGGAAUACAGGAGAUUGAUGCUCCUUUUUGGAGUAAGACGGGACACUUAUCUGACAAUGAAGAGGAGGAUAGUCCAACAUUUUUGCGAGAAAAGGAAAGGGACAAGCACAAAAAAGCCAGUGUUAGAAUUACAGACAGGGAUGAUAGAGACAGGAGAAAUCUCCCGAUGGAAAUAAGUCAUGAUACUCGUGUGAAAUCAACCAGUAAUGCCCGUCCCAUUACAAGUCCUGGUGCCGAGUGGACAAAGGAAUUGAGCUCAUAUCCAGAGGAUCAGGUUGAUAGACUGUUCUCAGAAACUUCUGAUGAAUUAGAUAGUCUCAGUCAAAGACAAAUUGACAGAAUUUUUACAGAAUCAGGAAAAAGUCAGAAAGCUACUAAAUCUCAUUAUGAGACAGAGUACUCGGCUAUGACAACGAAGCCAUCAACUUCCCAUUUUGAAGACCCCAAUAGAAAUGAUGAAACAAGACAUCUAUUAGGUCAAGAUCGCCCCUCUGACUUUCUAAGUCUGCACAGUAUGAAUGGUCGGGAAUCCAUUCAUGCAUUUUCCCCCCAUGUAGAGGGCAGCUCAGAUGAAGAUUCAUUUGGAAGGGGUACCAGAAGAUUUGAUGAUGCCAAUAAUACUUUUGAAGAUUUCUCCAGUCUUCGUCAUGCAAGCACAUCAAAAGGAGGAACAUCAAAAUCAUCAAAAUCAUCAAAAUCAAGUAUUGGACCAGGCAACUCUUCAAAGCAGAGAGACAUUGACAGUGCUAAACCAAGCACAACCAAUGCCUCAGUGAAGAGGGAUGAUUCUACCUCUAUUGUAGAGAAGCUGUUAUCUACCCAGUAUAGCUCCCUGGAGCCCCAACUUGAUGCUCUGAGACACAGUCAAAGGGCCGCCCUACAGUCUGAUCAUUCCCAAACAAACAGCUUCACGUUCUAUGCUGGUUCUCUAAAGGUCACUGUCCGCCGAGGAAACAUCACUGAGAUGGAAACCGUGGCGAUAGUGAAUGCAGCCAAUGGCAGUCUGGCCCAUGGUGCGGGAGUGGCAGGGGCCAUUGCAAGGGCAGCCAGUCCUUCAAUGGAAAAGGAGUGUGAUGCAUACAUUAAAAAGCAUGGCUUGAUGUCCACUGGAGAGAUUAUGCACACACGUGCUGGAGGCCAGUUGUCCAGUAAAGUGACCCAUAUCUUGCAUGCCGUUGGUCCCAUCUGGUUAGACAACCUGCCGGACAGAUGUAUGUAUGAGCUGAUCCUUACAUAUGUCAACCUCUUCAAGUAUGCCAACAAACUCUGGAUACCAUCCAUUGCUCUGCCAUGUAUCAGCUCAGGAGUGUUUGGAUCCCCACUGGAUGUCUCCAUCAAGUGUUUCCUGGAUGGUGUUCUCAUUUUCCACAGUGAACUUGGAGACCAUCUCUCUUAUCUGAAGGAGAUCAUCCUUGUGAACAUGGAUGAGGAUGGAGUUUCUACAUCCAUCGCUAUUCUCCAUUCUCUCCUGGAUGGGGGACAGGACCUUGCUACUGCUGAAGCCAUCGACAGAUUUUCUCGACUUCAAGAAAAAAGAAGAGCCACUACGAACAAGAUUAAAUUGAUUGCUGGGAGAUCAUUGAUAAAAGAUGAUAUCUCGACAGAUACUGGACGUAAAACUGAUCUUGUACAUAAUGAGUCAUCUCGAGCUCGUCGGAGAUCGAGUUCCAUGUCAAGGUUGAAGCCUAAAGCAGAACCCAGUGAUAAAAAAGUCAAGGAAGAUAACUCUAGUAGAGGUAGGUCAUCCAGUAUAAAGGUUAAUGGAACUAGCUCCACUCUCGAGAAGAAAUCUCCUCGUCCUCAUAGCUCCAGUAGACCUUCAAGUCAAGCUACUUAUACCAAACAAUCAGACGACCCAAAAUCACCAAGACAACCUCCCGCCCUAAAACCUGCCUUGGUAACGACCUCUCCACCGAGUGCUGGGGCAAAACCUAAAACCAAGCCAGUUCAUAGUGUCACCAGUAAAAACACUCCCAUGAAAGCUGGUUCUGGCGCAGCUACCAUGGAUGCUUUCACCAUGGAGAGAGACUUCUCUCAGAUGCGAAUGAACCAGACAACCAAUGGGGCGUUUAAACAUUACAGCAGGGAACAUUAUGAGGAUGAUUUCCAUAGCCUGCCCAUCAAUCUGGACAGUCAGAGAGAGGAGAAGACCACCUUCUGUAAGAUCUGUCAUGGUAAAAUCAAAAAGGCAAAAACUUUAAACAAGUGUAACCAUACAUUCUGUACAGAGUGCAUUGAAAAACAAUUCAGGAAAUUUGGUCCCAAAUGCCCUCAGUGUGGGACUAUGUACUCCAGCUCUGUUUUGAGUAAGACGACCACAGAAGAAGCUGACUUCUCCCCUCGUAGUCUACUAACGAGCACAGUGGUACACUCCUCAGAACCUCGGGGAACUAUGUCCCACAUGACACGAAGAAAUAUAACUGUCCCUGGAUACGAGUACUGCGAGGGGGCCAUUGAAAUUCAAUAUGAUAUUCCUAGUGGGAAGAUAUUGAGAAGUAAAGACCGGGGUAGUAGUCGUAGUGCAUACAGUGGUGUACAAUGCAAGGCUUAUCUACCAAAUUCUUCGGAGGGUCGAGAAGUGCUACGCCUCCUGAAGCGGGCAUUUGAGGAGAACCUUGUGUUUAGAGUCAGCAGUCGAGGAACUAUAGAAUGGUGCAUAUCCCAUAAGACAACACUGCAAGGCUCCAGUGGUUACCCAGACUCUGCCUAUCUCAGAAGAGUGAAAGAUGAGUUACACAGAAGAGGAGUCAGCUAGGCAGGAGUUAUCUUCUCUUGCACAGUGGAGAUAUUUUUAACAGUAGUUGAGAUUUUGACAUAUUUGAUUUUUGUUCUAGUAUUACUAGUACUAGUUAGUAUAUGUACAAGUUUUUCAUUUGCCGCAAUUUUAUGAAAAGAAUUUCAAAAAUAAAAAAUUUUGUCUGAUAAUUUUUUUUUGUUUCUAUAUAUUUUCUCGGUCAAGGAUCCUGAAGAUCUUUAUAAAAAGGGGAAAAUAUUAACUUUUUUUUUUUUGAAAAGUUAUUUUGUAUUUCUGGAAUAUUCUCUGAAUUUUAGUGAAAUUCCUAUGUACAUGUACGUACAUGUACUCUGUUUCAAUUAGGAGAAACUAAAAAGGCAUACAUGUACCUCUGUUAUAUCUACCAAAAUUUUAAUAAGCUCCAGAAGAAGAAAGUGUUAUGUUGAUGUCAGCCAGACUAUGGUGGUCUCUUGCAAUAGGCAAAGACUCACAUUAGCAGGCUUACUUACCCAUUUCUUCAUCAUUUUUACAUUUACUUCAUGUACACAUUUUACAUUUAGUUAUAGGUAUUAUCUGUUUUUUUGCUUUGUACAUUAAUUUUUUGAGUUACAUGGAGGACUAGAAAAAAGUUAUACACAUGUCAGUCUCUUAUUUGAUUGAUUUUGUUGCAUUAUGGAACUAAAGUUGGGAAUUAUUUUUUAAAGGCUUGUAGAUGAUUCUUAGUUUAACUGUCAGAAGUGAUCUGAUUUUGCCUGAUCAUAAACAGCUUUGUAAAGAUUUGAUAUAAAUAAUCAAGACUAUGCAUAUUACCAGUUUUUUAAUUGUUAUAAUAACAUGCAUGAUUUGUUUAAUGCACUAUAUUUUUCUACAUUUUACAUACCCAUGUUGUAUUUGGUUAUAGCAGUUUAGAUUUUCUUGGUAGAUGAUUUAUACUCAAUCUUUGUGAUUUUAAUUUAAUUACCAGUUAAUUAUACCACAGAGAAAGAGUUACAUAGGGUAUAACUUUUUAAACCUGUCCAUCCAUCAGUUAGUCAGUUAAUCAGGUUUUGGUCACUGCAGCUUUUAUCAAACUGCUGCACAGAAUUUCAUUAUUAAGGAUAUAUUGUAAUUGUUUAGUUGUGCAUAUACCACAGGCAGUGGUUGAGCAGAAGUAUGUGAGUUUUUGGAUAGGAAUACUUUGCCAUGUUUUAGUUUUUUUUUAAAUCGCAUUGUUUAUCAGUGAAUUCAUUGUAGAAAAAAAAGAUCAGCAUAUUUUGAACAUUUGCUACUUUUAUUUAGUGCUUUUGUUUACCUCAAUCAGAUAAUUUUUAAAACAUGCACUAUUAUUUGUAAUUUAAGGGCAUCCAUUUUUUUUUUUUAUAAUUUUGAUGUUAACAGAUAUAUUUUUUCCUUUGUUAAGGUUGUUUUUGUUUUACAUGAUGAUUUUUGAAUUAAUCAUAUCAGCUAUGCAACUGAAUCUCAGUGCCUUAUAAACUAUGUUAGAUCUGGAGUGUAAUUAUCCUCACAAGUUGAAUUGCAUGUAUAGGCAAAGGGAGGUUUUACCAAAUCUAAAAUCAUACUUUGCUUGUUUCAACUGUAAAACAUUGACAGAUCAGGUGGAAAUUUUUAUGUGCUUGAAAAAUAUUUUAUUUGAAGGGAUGACUUUGUAAAUACGAUGUUUAUUUUUGCGUCUGUGUCAUUUUUUACAGUAAUUUUAAAGAAUCUUGGUAAGAAAACUGUAAACCAGCUUUAAUCCAUGGUAACUUUAUGAAGAGAUUCUCAAAUGAUGAAAAUUUUAUAGUUUGUUGGUGUUAAUUUUUUAAAACAGACUAUGUAUGUAAAAUCUUGUUCAAGCACAAGAAACAAUAUAGACUCAGGCUAAUGGCCAGAAAAUGGCAGAAAUAUAUUUAUUUUUUUUUUUACACUGGUUUAUGGGAAACUAGCAAAGCUUUCUCACACCAUAAUAAAAGUUGUAUUACAGUAUUUGAUUUAAGGUUAGAGGUGAACAAUCAAGAUAUUUUGGGAAUUUAUUUUGAUAUAUUAUAAAUCAUGACUACAGAGUUUGGUGAUGUUCAUGGGGCAUCACUUAUAUUCUGUUCAUUCUGUAUCACGAUAUCUCUUACCUUACAUUUUUUUUUACAGAAAAUUCUAUUCAAUGUUAAGCCUAGUAAGUUGUUUGUUUUAUAUACACUGUAUUGAUUGUUAAAUCUACUGCACUCUGACAGCAGAAGUAGUACAUGUGAUUUAUACAAUGAGAUUAUUAUAGUGCUCUAUUAAACAUGUUUAAACCAUUAACAAUGCUGUUGGUUUUUAUGAUAUUCUUGGCUGGAUAUAAAGUUAGAAAUAUUGAUUUUAUAAUUUAUUUUCUGAUGUCAGAUCUUUAUAUCUUCUUUAUCUUUCUUCAUCCACUGUGCAUGUUUCACUGAGUAUUGAGUAUGCUAAUUACUGGUGAAGAUUGAGCAUUUAAUCUUGCACAGUAUUCAGUAUUCACACACAUAGAAUAUUGAGGUGUAAUUUGUGCCUUGUAACAACUAGUUUAAAAUAUGACAAAAUGAUUUGCAC